AUCAUCACCAUCAUCAUAAGACAGUUUCAAUUAGACAACCCAAUUAGGUAAGAGUGAGUUUGUCACAUAUCUCGCAAUUUUUCUUACACCAAAAACUUUUUCUACAUAGGAAAAAAUAAAUAGUAUAUGAUUCAACUAACAUCACACAUAUUCAUAACAUAAAUCAAACACAAACAUUAUAAUUAUAUAAACUCUAUUCCCAUAACCAUAACCAUAACCAUUUUCCAGUCCCCAAAAAAAAUUAAAUGUUUCUAAUUACUUCUUCUUAUUUCAUCAGCACAAUACUCCGACAACACUCACUCAUUUUCUUCACCUCAUACCAAAAACAUCAAUACAAUUAAAAACUAUACAAAAAUUAAUAUCAACAUGAAUUCUCAAAACCCGAACAUAACUUUCCCUUCCGCACCACCGGGUAUUCCAAUCCCAACUCCAAUACUAACUCCGAAGCUCGAACCUCUCGACGAACAUAUCGAACAAACUCAACAACCCAACCUAAAUGAGAUACCGAACCUAAAUCUCAACCUAAAUCUCAACCUCGAUCUCGUGUGUGAAGAAACCCUAAACGACAAUAACAGCAACCAAAACGCCAACGUGUAUGCUGAGUUUAAUCGAGUUUCAGAGCUUUUCCGAACCGCGUUCACAAAAGGACUUCAACAAAUUCCAAAAAACGAAGUCAUUGAUGAAGAUCCAAAUUCACGCGCCAUCAUUCCCGUUCCUGUUCCCGACGCGCUGCAAAAUUACGACUCAACCCCUUCGGCGGGUGAAGUAACCGCACAGAAGAUUCCACGGCGGUGGAAGGAGCUUGUUCGCGUGACGGAUCUUGGAUUAACUGAACAGCGACAUUUUCGCGACCUUGUUCGGAGAACGAGAAUGGUUUACGAUUCGGUUCGUGUUUUGGCGGCAGUUGAAGAAGAACGGAAAAUCGAUGUUCGGAAAGUGAGAAGCGAUUUGAGAGCUUCUGCUUUGAUGAGAAACUGUGGUUUGUGGUUGAAUCGCGAUAAGCGAAUCGUUGGCGCAAUUCCUGGUGUUUGUAUUGGUGAUGUUUUUCUUUAUAGAAUGGAGUUGUGUGUUGUUGGUUUGCACGGUCAACCACAAGCUGGAAUUGAUUAUUUACCGGCGAGUAUGAGUUCGAACGGGGAACCGAUUGCUACUAGUGUGAUUGUUUCUGGUGGUUAUGAAGAUGAUGUUGAUGAAGGUGAUGUGAUUAUUUAUUCUGGUCAUGGUGGUCAAGAUAAGCAUUCAAGGCAAGUUUUUCAUCAGAAGUUGGAGGGUGGUAACCUUGCCAUGGAAAGAAGUAUGCAUUAUGGGAUUGAAGUUAGGGUUAUUCGCGGGGUUCGGUGUGAAGGUACAACUUCGGCUUCUGGUAAGGUUUAUGUUUAUGAUGGAUUAUAUAGAAUACUUGAAUGUUGGUUUGAUGUUGGUAAAUCUGGUUUCGGUGUUUAUAAGUAUAAGUUAUGGAGGAUUGAUGGUCAAGCUAAGAUGGGUAGUUUGGUUCUUAAGGAAGCUCUUAUGCUUAGGAGAGAUCCAUUGUGUUUUAAACCUAUGUGUGUUUUUUCUCUCGAUGUUUCGAAUAGUAAGGAGAAUGUUUGUGUGAGGCUCUUUAAUGAUAUUGAUAGGAAUCACGAUCCUUUGUGUUUUGAGUAUCUUCCGAAGACUACUUUUCCGCAGUUUGUUUUUCAUUCGAGUGGGAAAGGUACGGGUUGUGAGUGUGUGGAUGGUUGUGGAGACGGAUGCUUUUGUUCGAUGAAAAAUGGCGGCGAGUUUCCUUAUAGUCAAAGUGGGCUUCUCAUGAGAGGGAAACCGUUGAUUUUUGAAUGCGGACCUUUUUGUCGUUGUCCGCCUCAUUGUCGGAACCGCGUCACGCAAAAGGGGCUUGGACAUAGGUUGGAAGUGUUUAGAUCUAAGGAGACUGGUUGGGGAGUUAGGUCUUUGGACCUUAUUCAAGCUGGCGCUUUUAUAUGUGAGUACACCGGGGUUGUUUUGACUAGGGAGCAAGCGCAAAUUUUGACCAUGAAUGGUGAUUCAUUGAUAUAUCCUAAUCGGUUUUCAAAUAGGUGGGCGGAAUGGGGUGAUUUAUCUAUGAUAGAUGCUAAUUAUGUGCGUCCGUCAUUUCCAUCGGUUCCUCCAUUAGAUUUUGCUAUGGAUGUGUCAAGAAUGAGGAAUGUUGCUUGUUAUAUGAGUCAUAGCUCAACUCCCAAUGUGUUGGUUCAGUUUGUUCUGUUUGAUCACAAUAAUUUGAUGUUCCCUCACCUUAUGCUAUUUGCAAUGGAGAACAUCCCUCCAAUGAGAGAGCUCAGCCUUGAUUAUGGGGUUGCCGAUGAUGAGUUGACUGGCAAGCUUGCUAUUUGUAACUGAAUAUUUUGAAAGCUUCACAUACUUAAUAUUAUGCAGAAGCCGAGUUUUAGGCAUCCUUCACUGAGCAAUCUGCUAUGAUAAUAAAGUCAAUUACAGAUUGCAAUGGACCCCCAAAAUGCUAUGGGUGGCAGCAAUGUUGUCAAGAUCGCGGCAUAAAUCAUAAAAUCGUGGGAUAUUACGAUCUCAGUCACCCCUUCUGAUCUAUCAUGCACGCAGAAUCGCUUUCAGCUGAGAUCGAACAAGAUUGUGUGAAAAAUUGCAAAAAUCAUGAGAUUGGGCAAUUUCCAGCGAUCCCAAAAAAAAAUUGAUUCAGGCCGGGUUUUGCGACUCAAGUCCCCAAAAAUGGGAUGUAGAGUACUAAGACCCUUCCCUCUGACGACUUCCCUACCAUCACCCAUAGUUUCCAACGAGCAAAGUGUUGAACAAAUAGGAAAAGAAAGAGAAGAAGAAAGAGAGUGUUGAUCUGUACAACUGCUUUCCAGGAGAGUUGCGGCUGUAUUGUUCUAAAAAUAACUAUAUAGUAUAUAUGUAUUAUAUCUAUUUUAGUGUAUUUGUUAUUAUGGUAAGAUCUUACAAUCUUUGUUAUGAUUCUACCUUUUAGAUCUUGCACCCCCCCUCUCGAUUUUGGGUAGCAUCUCGCUCAUGACAACAUUGGGGGGCAGUAUGGCUACUUCGUCGAAGUUCGAGGAAACAAAUUAAAAAAUGCACAAAAUUUAUAUUUAUACCAUACACGUAUAAAAGCUAAAAAGUCAAAGAAACCUACUCUGAGUGGACUGGAAACAGGCCGUUGGCUGCAUAACAGGCCGCUCUGUGAAGCACAAGAAAUACAAUAAAAAUGGAAAAAAGGCCUUCAAUGGGAAUCAAUCUCGGUCCUUUUAGUUAUGGAAAAGCGCUCAGCCGCUGUGCUGCAGUAGUUAUUUGGAAUAUAAAUGGCAAAAGUAAUAUAUAUUUUUGAUUUUUGAUGAAUACACACACACAUUUAAUACUGAUACUACUAUAACUUAUACAGUUUCAAGUAGUGACUUGGCAAUUCGACGAAUGAGUCAAUGACCCAACCCAACACCCUCAUCAAGUUGAAUACCAGUUAGGGUUUUAUCACCUUGGGCGCUAGUCCAGUUUUCUCCCGGAGAUACUUGUUCCUAAUUUUACUCUUUUUUUAUAUCAUGUCCACUCACCAACCUCAGAAUUCUAACCAGUCAUCUUCGUAUGCACUUAAUUCUUUCUCUUGUUGCCUUUUACUAUCCCACACUCACUAUCAUAGAGUGAUUCCCGGGAAUUGGGGUGCUCAAGCUGAUAUUUGAAUUUAACUGCCCACUUUAUGGUUUAAAAUAACAUUAUAGUGUGUAGGUAUUCCCAAUGAGCAAUGAAUAUAGGUAUAAAAUAUGAAGAAAGUGGAUUGGUGUAUUAGUGUGUGUCAGUAUGUAUAAAAUGAAGAAGAUAUGGUAUGUCGGCAUCCUCAUAUAUACUUGUAAAGUACUCCAUUUAUUUCAGCAUUGUUACCUUUUUUGUGAACAUGAUAUUCUCUUGUGGAUGAAUGACUUUGUUCAAAUAUACCUAUUUAUGGAGGGAAGGAUUCAAGAUUGUCAAUCUUAUUUGUGAAGUGUCCUAGUCAUUUUUUUUAUCACAAUUGUCAAACUUUAUACUGCUGGAACACCUACGAUAUACAGCAUUAUCCAACACUGAUGCUUUUCUGAUACUUUGUAGUAUACAAGCCAUUUUUUUAAGUUGUCUAAUUUUCAUACAGCUGGGACACUUAAAGAAUACAACUCAAGAAGUUUUAAUACAAAACUUAGAACCUUUCAUCUGAACAGGCAGAUCUUUAAUUUCUUUGAUGUUAGACUUACGACUCAUUUCAUCUUAUUUUCCAUUCCAUGUGCCAGUAUCAACACUUUUUUUUUUCAUCUCUUUUUCUGCUUAUUAUUGCAAAAUUGUGGCUUUGAUAUUUUGCUACAUAGUUUUCUUUUUUAAUAAUUAUAUAUUUGUUUCAUAAUCGUAAUUUCCUUUCGUUUGUUUUUUAUUCCAAAGUUCAAACUCACAACAUCAAACUUAAGUUCUGGAACCACAUAUAGAUUUUAUAAAGUAAUGUUUAAGUUUUGUAUUAGCUAUGUGUUUUUGUAUUUGCAAUUUUAUGUGUGUGUGUGUUUUAUGUCUUAUGAUUAUGUGUGUGUGUGUUUUAUGUCUUAUGAUUCUUUAAAAAAAUCUAUAUAUGUAUUAUAUGUACCCUACAUGUAUGGUUUCCUAUAUUUUUCUAGAUUGUAAUAUUGUUAUAUCGGUUAAGUAUUGUAUCUGGGGCUUGCAUUGUAUAUGUGCAUCAUAGGUUGCCCCCACGAGUUAACUUUCUUGAAAUGCAUUUUGAUGAUUUGUGUUACCAUAGUCAACUUACCUCCAUGUUUGCAAUAAAAAUCAAGGUGGAGUUACAAAUGGCUGCAUUCUUGCUCUAAUAAAUUUCAAUGUUAAAUACAUAUUUCUUUUCACCCUAGUUAGUUCUUAGUAAUGGUAAAAUAGAAUUCUAGUUGCUAUUUGAUAUUGAAUUUUUCCUCAUCUACUUGAACUGAAGGUUGUGAUCUGCUCUGGUAUUGUGUAUCUAAAUUCAUUAAGUGCAUUUCAUAUUAUUAUGUUCAGUUGUGUGAAUUAUAAUGUUUUAGAAUAACUAUUUGUAAAUUAAUGAGUUACUUUUACAAUUUUUCACAUCUAGUCUUCUAGAUUUGAAGAGGUAUAUCUGGAGUCUAGAAUCAUGUCUAUGGUUUGAUUUUCAUUGUUUCCCUCAAGGUUGCUAGGUUAUUAUAACCCUUGUUUGGCAUGUUCAUUUUCACCUCAGAUCUCUCCAGCAAAUGGAAAUAUGGGAUUUAGUGUUUCUUGGAAAUAGCCAUAUUCUUUCCAGGGCUAUUGAAAUUUGUAUACACAUUUAAUAAAGCCUAAGUUCUGG